UGCACAAACAAGGAAGACACACUUCAGGACUACUUGUUUGGACAUUUGACAGGGGUGCAGCUAUUAUUCACACUAUUAUAACAAUGGAAACGAAACAAAACGGCGUUUAAAUCCUCAAACACUCUUUGAUACGUCCGCAGUCCUUACAGUUUAGCUUUUAUCAAGAUGUUGCGACUCUUUACAAGCCGAGGUUUUCAUGAACUCUACAAAUGCAGUCAUGUUGUGGCAUCCUGCGUCAACAAGAGGCAGGUUGUCGGUUUUCUUCCAGCCAGCAGUGCAAACAUCCUGUCUCGCCACUUCAACACUGGGAGCUCUGUGUGGAAAGAUGCCCUCCAGCCUCAAGCAGAGCAGCCAGGGGGAAGAGAGACAUUAGAUUUGGACAAAUGGAAGUCUGUGAUGAGGUCUCAAGCUGCAUCAGAUGAGAAACAACAAGAUAUUGAGGAAGAGGAUGAGGCAGGAAAUGAUUUAAAGGAAAGCUCUACUCUGGAGGCGACCCGGGAACUGGUUGUGAUGUGGCGUCAAGCUGGGAAGCUUGUACCUCAGGAGAUGACUGAUGAGGAGGUUGAGACGGUGGCAAAGCUCACCACCAAGUCCUCCAGGAAGAAGUACCUGAAGUACCUGGCCCUCAGGGAAGGUCAUAAAAGGUUCCGUAAGGAGAAGCAGGAGAAGAAGAAAGCAGAGAAGGAGGAGAGGCUGAAAAAAGAUGAUGCAGAGGAAGGGGAUGAUCAGGGAGGACAAGAGCUGAAAAGCACAUUCCUCCUCCAGUUUUGGAACCGGAGCCUGGACCGGGUCCUGGCCUGGAAGAGCGCCCAGGCCAUGGUGUUCGGUCAGCCGCUGGUGUUUGACAUGAGCUAUGAUUCCAGCAUGUCCAGGCAGGAGGUAGAAAACACUGUGUCCCAGCUGAUGGAGGUGGAAGGGAUGAACCGGCGUGCCACUGAGCCGUACCAUCUGCACUUGUGCAACCUGCAGCCAGACGGGGCCUACAAGAAGGAGCUCCUCAAAAGGUAUGGUGCAGAGACCUGGGACCGUCUGCUCAUCACCUCCACUGAACGCCAGCAUUUCGAUUUGUUUCCCCGUGAACAACUCGUAUACCUCACUGCUGACUCCCCUAAUGUCCUCCGCACCUUCGACCACUCCAAGGUCUACAUCAUUGGAUCUAUUGUAGACCGGUCGAUCCAGACAGGCUUGUCACUGGCGAAUGCCAAGCGCCUGAAGCUGGCCACGGCCCGUUUACCGCUGGAUGAGUUUCUCCACUGGGGAUGUGGAGCCAAAAAUCUGACUCUGGACCAGAUGAUACGCAUUAUGUUAACUAUGAAGGAGACGGGGAAAUGGGAGGAGGCGUUGAAGUUUGUGCCUACCAGGAAGCAUGAGGGCUUCUACCCACAGCGGGCGCAGAGAGAAAUGAGCAACAACAGAGUCACAAGUCAUGGACCAAGAGAGGAUGGUGACAGGUCGUUAAGAUCUGGAGAAAGAAAGAGUGAAAGGAUGUUUAAAAGUGGGAACCAUAAAGACUCUGGGUUCACUGGUAGAGACAGAGUGUCUGGACUGUCCAAUAACAAUGAAAAUAGAUCAGCUGCAACCAGAGUACGGACAUCAUUUAAGAAUAACAUGGAGGGAAGAAACAGUGCAGGUAGAGGCAAGACGUGGUGGGAUAAUGAAUGAAUUAACA